AUGCCGCAGGAACACAGGUUGAAAAAACUUCAAAUAAUUGCAGUUCGUGCCCUCGGCAUCUACGUCUCUAGCUUUGCAGAGGCAUUAACGAGACUGCGCCAACAACAUCAAAAUAUUUUCUUUACACCUGUGCUACUCAAACUGUCAAACUUGCCAUGGUCAUUCAAAGACCGAUCGGCAACAGAUCGUAGAGACAAGAUUUAUGGCCUGUUAGGCCUUCUUGGUGACCACGGAGUUCAGGUGGACUACGGUAAACCAUCCGAGGAUAUAUACCUAUCGUUCUCCUCCUCGUUCUUGUUGGAAGACAAAGGUCUGGACUUGUUUCGUUGGGUGACUGGAGAGGACUACGAGUCUAAGAAUCCACGUCUUCCAUCCUGGGUUCCCGAUUUUGGCCAUCUGUUUGACGUGGUCAGCCAAUGCGGAUCGGAUUACCCCUCCUCAGAUGAUAUCGGUCUUGCUGGCCACGAAAUCAGACCGAUCCUUGACCCCUGGAAAAACAUGUCUGUGAACAUUCAGUCUGAAAUGUAUCGUUCGUCUAAUACUAAAGAGGAUGCCUUUUGGAGAACAAUUUUGACCGACCGACAGAUUGAAGGGCUCCAUUUCAAGGAAAAUGCCGGAUGGGUCCCAGCACAGCGACUCUCAGUAGAUGCACAAUACAUCCCACCCAAAACCACAAAGGAGGAGGAAGAUUUGUUGCAAGCUAUGGAGCAACGACAACUUUGCUUGGAUAGACGAAGAAGAAAACAACAACAACAACUCAAAAUGCUCUUCACCAAGGUCUCCAUUGUCUGCGCCCUUGCGGCCUUUGCCACCGCCGCCGACGUUACUAUUACGAGCACCAAAGUCAACACUGCCACUGACACCAAGACGGCCGUCAUCGUCACCAGCACCAGCACCAGCACACAAACUAGCACCCACACUAGCAACCCUGCUCCCACCAUGACUGCCGGCGUAGCCGUCGGUAUCGGUGCUAUUGGUAUCGCUGCUUUGGGCCUGUUGUAAACACAAUUCACCAUUUCUUUUUACAAUUCUGAACACGGUGCGUGGGACAUAACAUGUAUGAUAUGAUAUUGAAGGGGUUAUUGGAUAAGUGUGGGUGGGAAUUGGGGAGGACAAUGGGGAGAUCCUGUAUAUAGGUGCAUGGAUUAAUGGAAUUUUAUUCAUCUGG